AUGUUCCUCCCGCCUUCGAGGCUCGUCUUGCGGGUGCUAAAUCUCCGCACGGGCUCAGCCGUCCUCUUCUGGCUCCUGGGCCUGGCGCUGCGCUCCUUGCCCCUCUCGGGGCAGAAGCCGGAGGACAAGUACCCGGUGGUGCCCACCAACUACGGCAAGCUGCGGGGAAUCAAGAAGGACCUCAACAACGAAAUCCUGGGUCCCGUGGUGCAAUACCUGGGCAUCCCCUACGCCACGCCGCCCGUGGGCGAGAGACGCUUCCAGCCCCCCGAGGCGCCCGCGUCCUGGUCCGAGGUGCGAAACGCCACCGCCUUCGCUCCCGUCUGCCCCCAGAACAUCCACGGCAUGCUCCCGGGCAUCAUGCUCCCGGUGUGGUUCACUGAAAACCUGGAGAUUGUGGCGGGGUACGUCCAGAACCAGAGCGAAGACUGCCUGUACCUCAACAUCUACGUCCCCAUGGAGGACGGUAAGGGUGCAAAAGGGGGGCGGGCGAGCGGACACGGGCGAGCCCCCCCCCAACCCUCCCCUCGGCUGUCUCGCAUCUCUCCCCACUCUCCUCUCCAGCGUCGUAGGUCAGGGAACCUCACUCCCCGCUUAACACCGCAAUCCCUUCUUUGAAAUAAUAAGAAUUGCCACCAGAAUCCAAUCCUCGUCUUUAGCCCUGGCCGCCUCCCCUGCGCUGCUAACCGGAAACCCCUCCAAUCGCUAGCUUCCCAGAAACAGUUUGAGCAGUGCCUCUGGGCAUGUGCAGAGUGCUUUUUGCAACCGGAAGAGCUCCGCAGGAUCGGAGCAGCGAGACCAGCAUGCUUUAGUGUUUUAAUUUUUUAAAGAACAGUAUAGUUCAGGCGUAUGGGAUGGUCUAAACCACCGAGCCUAGGGCUUGCCGAUUGGAAGGUCGGAGGUUCGAAUCCCCGCGACGGGGUGAGCUCCCGUUGCUCGGUCCCUGCUCCUGCCAACCUAGCAGUUCGAAAGCACACCAGUGCAAGUAGAUGAAUAGGUACCGCUCUGGUGGGAAGGUAAACGGCAUUUCCGUGCGCUGCUCUGGUUCACCAGAAGCGGCUUAGUCAUGCUGGCCACAUGACCCAGAAAAACUGUAAACAAACGGCUCCCUCGGCCAAUGAAGUGAGAUGAGCGCCGCAACCCCAAAGUUGUUCGCGACUGGACCUAAUGGUUAGGGGUUCCUUUACCUUUUUAGUUCAGGCAUAGGCAAACUCAGCCCUCCAAAUGUUUUGGGACUAAAAUUCCCAUCAUCCCUGACCACCGGUCCUGUUAGCUAGGGAUCAUGGGAGUUGUAGUCCCAAAACAGCUGGAGGGCUGAGUUUACCUAUGCCUUGUUUAGUUGAACGAGCUUGGUUGGUUAGAGCGUAGUGCUGGUGACAACAAGGUUGCAGGUUCGAUUCCCCCUCCCAUCAGGGUUGGGGGCACAUCCCUGCAUUGCAGCGGGUUGGACUAGAUGACCGCUAGGGCCCCUUCUGACUCUCUGGUUCUGUGAGUCUGGUGGGAAUUGGUUGACUGAUUACAAUGUGGAAGGGAAAACAAAAAGCAGGUGGAAAUGGAAAAGGGUAUACUGUGCUAUUAUUAUAAAAGUUAACCGUGGCAAUUACGGGCAACUCCUCAUCUGUGCGCGCAGACCAGGUGCCGCAAAAUAAAUAAAUGAUUUGAUUCCAGCCCAGAAGUGGCAGGAGAGAGCGGGGAAAUCCUUGUGGCUUGCGAGGAGACCCUUCCCAGAGCCAGAAGAGGAUGCCAGUGAGCCAAAUGUCCAGAAACAAAUGUUUAAUAGGCUAAUAAUAAUAAUAAUAAUUUCAAAAUGCAUGCUGUUCUCGAACUGGCCAGGUCGAUGCCCCCCAUAGGAAGCCCACAAGCAGAAUAUAAGAAUCCUAGAAUGGUAGCGUUGGAAGAGACCCUGAGGGUCAUCUAGACCAACCCCCUGCAAAGCAGGAUUAUUUUGCCCAGCGCAGGACUCGAACCCACAACCCUGCGAUCGAGAGCCUCGUGCUCUCCCGACUGAGCUGUGCCGGUAGCCCGAAGGCCAGGCCAAGGGCUCACCCAGGCCAGCAUCGUCUUCUCGCUGUGGCCAAACAGACGCGCCUCGCGGGGAAACCCGCAAGCGGGUCCCGAGUUCGAGAGCAACCCUCCUCUCCUGUGGUUUCCAGGAUUCAGAAGCAGAGCCUGCAUCUUUCACCCUCAGGCUCACCCUGAACGCGCAGCUGCUCUCCUUUGGGGAGCCAAGAAAAUCCUGAUUUCAUUUUGUUUUUUCAAGCUAGGGUCGAAUAAGCGCAGGAUUCGCUCUCCCCAAAACGGACUGGGGCUUGUGAACCCGAGUUUUUCUUCUUCAGAUCAUAGCAUUGGACGUUGGGACCCCAUGAGUCAUUUAGUCUCCGCUAAAGAAUGCCUGGCAGGUUCUCAUCCAUCAUCUACAAAGAAACGGAAGGCUGACUUCCUGUUUAGACCUUCCCGUUUCAGUACCAAAUUGAAGUAAAUUUUUAAGUCCAAUUCCUUUCUGCUCGCAAGUCCUUAUUUAAAGUCCAAUUGUUCAAAUUUUAAGUACUCACGGGUGCUUAUUUUAGAAGCCAAAUUGUCCCAGGAAAAAGGCAGCGCUCUCUGGCAACGGCUAUGCGGCUUCGCUCCACGGAAGAAGCAGUUGACUCUCAGCACCGCGCCACUUCCCCCUCUUCGCUUCGGAGCCCGUUAGUGGGUUCCUUUGCGGGUUGGGGGGGCACUAAGGGUGCCCGCCGAGUCCCAUGGUCACAGGCUUCAUCUGCCUGUGAUUUUUAAAAGGGUCCCCGCUUCGCCGUAGCGGAAAAGACCCGUUUCACGCAGAGCUAGUCCCUCCAGUUCAGAGGGAGUCCGCCAUUGCCGAUGGCGCCACCCCGGAAGUCCCAUCCAGCCCCUAUUUAAGAACCUCAGGUGCAUCGCAGAAUCCGGCCAGAUGGUGCAAAUAAUAAAACUAUUAUUAUUAUUAUUAUUAUUAUUAUUAUUCUACCAACGGAGCUAUCCCAGUCUCAGACCAAACUGGCCUAUCUAGCAGAGCGUUCCCAGCACGGACUGGCAGCAGCGGCUUGCUAGGGCGGGCUCCCGGCAGGGCCCUUUACCUAUCCAGAGAUCGUACCCGGAGCCUUCUUCACUCCAAGCAGCUCUCCCCCUGAGCAGCUCGAAAUGUACAAAGACAGCAAAAUGCCUUCUAUCUAAAGCCAGACCUCUGCAAGCUACGUAGCUCAGUGCAGCCUACACGGGCCGGCAGCAGCCCUGCUUUCAGGCACUGGAAGGGGGGGAUCCCAGGCCUACCCGAAGACGCUCCCCCAGGAUGGAGCCUUCUACAUGCCAAGCAGGUGUCCCGCCACUAAGCUGCGACCUCGGGUCUAGCGAUGAGCUUCAUCCCUCCAGGAACAAGGUCUCCUCUCCCCAAAAACCCAGGGUGCUCUGGCUCCCAGAAUCCUUUGCUGCGGCCCUUUGGGGACUCCCCAAGGCCAUUUUCCCCCCACCGCCAGGUCCUGUCCGAACGACGCUCGCCCUACAACCACCUCACUAACUUCAGGGUCGGGGGGCUUUCGAGGUGGAGAAUGGCAAGGAAUGGCCUGGCCUUAGGGCUACUGGCACAGCUCGGUCGGUAGAGCACAAGGCUCUCGAUCGCAGGGUUGUGGGUUCGAGUCCUGCGUUGGGCAAAAAAAUCCUGCUUUGCAGGGGGUUGGACUAGAUGACCCUCGGGGUCCCUUCCAGCGCUACCAUUCUAGGAUUCUUACAUUCUGCUUGUGGGCUUCCUAUGGGGGGGCAUUGAUCUUGCCACUUUGAGAACAGGAUGCAUUUUGGAAUUAUUAUUAUUAUUAUUAUUAUUAGCCUUUUAAACAUUUGUUUCUGGCCACAAUUUGAGUUGAAUUAAUUUUAAUGAAAUGAUUUUAGAAUGUUGUCUUAUUUUAUUGUUGUUAGCCACCCUGAGCCCGGCUUUGGCUGGGGAGGGAUAUAAAUAAAAAUUAUUAUUAUUAUUAAGGGAGGGAGAACACUCUGCAAAAAGCAGGGGAUGGCGAGAAAGAGGAGGAGGAGGAGGAGAAACCAGCUGCUUCUUCUCCCCCCCCCAAACGCCACCCCUUCCAUCUCCCACCAAGCCAUCCCUCUCUCUUUUUGCAGCAUCGCUAAGCCAGUUUCCUUGGCAACGGCCGGGAAGGGGGGGGUUGCAUUUAAAGAAGGGGGGGUGAGCAAAUCCCAGAGCACUAGGCGGAAAAAACACACACAAGGCAUCGGAGCGUCUCUCCCCACCCCACCCCCCGUGUGGGGCACCUGCUCCUGGCAGAGGCAGCCGCUGUUCCUACACCCCCCAACCCCAAACUCUGCCCCUCGCCCCCCCACCCCGUGCCUCACAUCUUCUCUCUCUCUCUCCCUCCCUCUCUUUCUCCCCUCCGUGCGACACGCUUUCCCCCAGCUGCCGCCUGGGGCGUCGCAGAGAAAUGUCAGGUCCCAUUUGGGAACCCUGCCUGCUGCUUCUCGCCCCCCCAAUCUCCCUCACCUGAGCGGCAAAGGCUCUCGCGUCUCCCUGGUCCAGCCUCCGCAAGGAUGCCCUCACCUGUCCUCACCUGGAGGAGGCCGAGGCAGCGGGGAUGCAAUAGUUCCAACAGAUAUAAAAACAUAAUAAAAGCAUUUUAAAAAAAACACCCAUUCCCUAUACAGUGGUACCUCGGGUUAAGUACUUACUGUAUUUUUUGCUCUAUAAGACUGACUUUUUCCCUCCUAAAAAGUAAGUGUGCGUCUUAUGGAGCGCAUGCAGGCUGCACAGCUAUCACAGAAGCCAGAACAGCAAGAGGGAUUGCACAGCGAUCCCUCUUGCUGUUCUGGCUUCUAAGAGUCAGAAUUUUUUUUUCCUUGUUUUCCUCCUCCAAAAACUAGGUGCGUCUUGUGGUCUGGUGCAUCUUAUAGAGCGAAAAAUACGGUAAUUCGUUCUGGAGAUCCGUUCUUAACCUGAAACUGUCCUUAACUUGAAGCACCACUUUAGCUAAUGGGGCCUCCCGCUGUUGCUUUGCCGCCGGAGCACGAUUUCUUUUCUCAUCCUGAAGCAAAGUUCUUAACCCCAGGUAAUAUUUCUGGGUUAGUGGAGUCUGUAACCUGAAGCGUAUGUAACCUGAAGCGUACGUAACCCGAGGUACCACUGUACAGUCGUACCUCGGGUUGAAGUAACGGAGUGCGUUACUUCCGGGUUUCGCCGCUCGCGCAUGCACAGGCUGUCAAAAUGGUGCCACGCGCAUGGGCGUGAGCGACGAAUUGCGACGCGCAGGCGCGGGUUGCGCUCGCUUCUGGGUGCGAACGGGGCUCCAGAACGGAUCCGUUUGCAUCCAGAGGUACCACUGUACAGGAUUGCUUUCGGACGGCUCGGGGGUCAGAUAACUCCACACCCUCCAACAUUUCUCCAGUGGAAAUAGGGACGUCCGAAGGAAAAGCGGGAGAUUCUGGGAUCAAAUCAAAAAACCGGGACGGCUUCUAUAAAUCAGGGGCGUCCUGGUAAAUAGAGAAACUUGGAGGGUCCGGAAUAGAAAACACAACCAUCUUGGUCCCAAAGGUUUCACAGCUGGGGAUAACACUGGAAAAUAGGGACUUUUGGAGGGUCUGGAGUGGGGGUAAGAGAGGCCCACAGGAGGAGAAAGGGGUCUCAGAUGAGGGUUGGUUGGUUUGGGUUUUGGGGUUUUUUUCCUGGACAAUCUGAGCAGGUUACAGGCGGAUUUAAUGCCAGGCCCAAUCUGGGAUAAUCUUCAUUUAAAGAGGAGCCAGUAACUGGAAGCCCCAUAACUGAAUCUGCCCCAAAGUGCGGUUUCCCAAACGUGGGUCUCCGCGACUACAAUUCCCAUCAUCCCCCACCGCUGCUCUUGCUAGCUGCGGGCGAUGGGAGUUGUAGUCCAGAAACAGCUGGAGACCCACGUUUGGGAAACACUGGCCUAGAAGGGCCACGUUCAUGUCGUUCGUUGAGCGCUUUAAAGUCAUGGCUUCCCCACCCCAAGGAAUCCUGGGAACUGUAGUUGGAUUGAGGGUGCUGAGAGCACAGAGGAAAAAACCCCAGAGUUCCCUGGGAAGCGGUGUUGGAGGUCAAACAGGCAUGUCUUCUCCCAAGGGAUUCUGGGAGAUGUAGUUUGCCGAGGGCGGUGAGGAGACCCUGCAGUCCCCACUCAUGGAGAGACCAUUCCCAGAGUGGGUUAACAGCCAAUCCCUCUUCCCAGGGAAUUCUGGGAAUUGCAGUUCUCUGAAGGGAAUAGCGGGGGGUCUCAUCACAUCUCUCAGCACCCUCAGCAAACUGCAGCUCCCAGAAUCCUUUGGGGGAAGCCAUGACUGUUUAAAACGGUAUCGCAGCGCUUUUAACAUUCGGCACGAAUACAGCCUAGGUGGGCCAUUGGCCGGAUCCUGCAGCCUGGAUCUUUUGAUGUUCCUGUUUGAUAGGGAAGUCCCGCCCCCCCAUUUAGGGAAGUUUUUAAUGCCCGUUGUUUUAUUGUAUUUUUAAUAUUUUGUUGGAAGCUGUCCAGAGUGCCUGGGGAAACCCAGCCAGGUGAGCAGGGUAGAAAUAUUAUUAUUAUUAUUAUUAUUAUUAUUAUUAUUAUAGCAGGCAGCUGUAGGAAAUGUGCGUGGAAGCCUGGACCUCCUCAGAGUAACCCCUCUGGACAAAUUUUCUUUAAACUAUAUAUUUUUAAAUUAAAAUUUCCCCAGGAUGGGGCUCAAGGCGGCUUACAGAUAAAAAUAAAGGAAUGCAGAUAAAAUUUGUCUGUAUGGAUGCUGAAAUUCAGUUUUGAGGGUCAAUUCCACCCCUCCCCAAUAGUGGAAAAUAAUCUUCACCCACUCACCCAACAUUUAUGGCAAAAUUUAAUCUCGGGGACACCUCCGCCGCAGUCUCCCCCAAUCUUUCGUUCCCUCUAGGCAUCAGACUACAACUCCCAUUAUCCCUGACCGCUGGCAUGUUGGAUGGACUCGAUGGCAGAUAAAAUUCCCCCAAAAUCUGGAGGGCACCAGGUUGGCAAAGCCUGCUAUAGGCUCAGGGCGAUUUAAUAUCUGUGUCCGUCCCAGUGCACCCUGGGAAAUGUGAGCCGGUGCGGACAAGAUGAUGAUAAUAAUAAUAAUAAUAAUAAUAAUAAUAAUAAUAAUUUUUAUUUAUACCCCGCCCACCCCAGCCAAGGCCGGGCUCAGGGUGGCUAACAAGCAAGAAUUAAAACAAAUUGAACAAAUACAACUUAAAAACAAGGUUAAAAUACAACAUUAAAAUAUUGAAACAUUAAAAUAUUAAAAUGCAGCCUCAUCACAGGAGGAGAAGGAAAAAGAAAGAGGGGGAGGGAAUCAAACUGGCUCCAAGCCAAAGGCCAGGUGGAACAACUCUGUCUUACAGGCCCUGCAGAAUGUCCGGGGCUCACCCCAAACUAUAACUCCCAGGGAGUAGGAUAGUUAAAAGCAACGGGAGCGUGGCAGAGGUAGCCCACUUUGGGUCUGAUCCAGUGGGAAGCAUUCAUAUAGAAUAACAGAAGCUGGAAGGGACCCCAGGGGUCAUCUACUCCAACCCCCGCAACCACAGCUACGGUAAAUUCCAUCAGAUCGGGUCCUUUGAUAAGUAGCGCAGGGCGGCUGGGUUCACCUACCUUUAGGUAAAGGUAAAGGGACCCCUGACCAUUAGGUACAGUCGUGACCGACUCUGGGGUUGCGACGCUCAUCUCGCUUUACUGGCCGAGGGAGUCGGCGUACAGCUUCCGGGUCAUGUGGCCAGCAGGACUGAGCCGCUUCUGGCGAACCAGAGCAGCGCACGGAAACACCGUUUACCUUCCCGCCGGAGCGGUACCUAUUUAUCUACUUGCACUUUGACGUGCUUUCGAACUGCUAGGUUGGCAGGAGCAGGGACAGAGCAACGGGAGCUCACCCCGUCGCGGGGAUUCGAAACGCCGACCUUCUGAUCGGCAAGUCCUAGGCUCUGUGGUUUAACCCACAGCGCCACUCGCAUCCCCUUCACCCACCUUUGGGUCGGCCCGAACACCAGCAGCCUCCUCUUUCCCUUUCUGUUGUUGUUCUCUGCAUGAACGGCCGUUAACCUCUGGAACUGCCUGCCACAGGAAUUCCCGAGAGAGUCAAGAGAGAAAGCCGCGCUUUGAAUUGUGGGUGGGUGGAAGAAGAGAGGGGCGAUGUCAGGGCAGAGAGGCAGGAUCCGCGGGCUUGUCCCGAGAGAGUAGCGCAGGUCAGGAGGGUGAAGGGGCACUUGUGGUUAGCCCCUUCCCUCCCUCCUUCUCUCCCUGUUUUCCGCUCUCCCGCUCUGCCCUCCCUUUCGCUGCUCUCUUUAUAUAGCAGAGGAUGCUGGUGCCCCGGGGCGAAUCGCCAGCCCGUGAAAAAUCCUUCUGUCUUAAUCUGCAAAUGCCCAGUUCCCCCAUCACAUCAGGGAGGAAAGGGAGAUGCCAGCCGUCGCGCUGCCCCAGAUUUCGGCCGGCGGAGCUGAGCCGGGCACGGCGCCAAUCCUUUCGCCUCUCCUUCCCCUGUCCCCCAAAACUCCCCCUCUCGGCAUAGGAUUUCCCUUGGGUUGCAAGUCCCCCUCCUCAGAUACUCUGCUGCCUUCCUGGCAAACUCUCUUGGGAAUUCCUGUAGCAGGGAGUUCCAAAGAUCCACAGGGGCCUGCUUGCAUUGCUCGGGAGCUGGAAAACCCUGGCCUUCCGUGUCUCCUCCUUGGGGAUGCAGGCUAACGCCUCUCUUCUCCCUUCCGCGAGUCUGACCCCCUUCUCCCGGAAGGCACAGGAUCGGCCUCAGUGGGGCCCUGUGGGGCAUCGACAUCUCCUUUGGCCCCUUCCUCCUCCAGCUCAGCGCUCUUCAGGCGGCGCCGUCUGCCCGUCUGUCGACACCUCCUCCUCCAGCCACAGGGGGUUGAGAUGGAUGACCGCACGGGUCCCUUCCAACGUCCUGCGGCUUUGCUGCAGCCACACACGCCCCCUCUCCCAUCUGCCUGCCAAAUCCCGUCUCGACGCCUCCUUCCCGUGGCCCGCUGGGCUCUCGGCUUCGCCUCGGAGAGAUAAACCUUUUCUCUAGGACGCCAAAUUAAAAAGAGCUCCCGGUUCGCUCUGCUUUCUGUCGCUUCCCUCUCCAGUCACCAUCCUCGUCCUCUUUGCCUCCCGGUUCCUUCCUCCCGCGUCUUCCGGAAGGAUGUUUGGGACGCAGGCAGGAGUCCGACGGGUGUAGCUUCCGCGCACAGUUCUGCCUGGGGAGGGGACUGCACCUGUGGAAUGCUUGCUUGCUCAUAGAAUUGUCCAGAUGGAAAAGGGACCCUGAAGUGCCAUCUAGACCAACCCUCUGUAAUGCAGGAGUCCUGCCCACAGCCACCCGUGGCUGGACUCGAACCGCCAACCUUCCGGUUAGCAGCCAGGCGAACUGACCCUCUGUGUCCCUGAGAAAUGAUGUCACACACCGGUUAAAGGCCGUAAGAACCAAAAACGACAACCACGACCCAGGAAGCGGGUUAGUGACUCGACUUUGGAAUCAGCACCCUUGGGAGAAAAAGUCUCAAAAAAGCAUAUUUAUUUCAUUUUAUUUAAAAGCGCUUAGCAUUUUUUAGCAUUUCUAAGCGGUUACACGAGGAGAUGUAUCCGUUUAUUAAAUUUCCUCACAGUCGUACCUGGGAACUCGAACGGAAUCCGUUCCGGGAGUCCGUUCGGGUUCCGAAACGUUUGGGAACCGAAGCGCGGCUUCUAAUUGGCUGCAGGAAAUAGCUCCUGCAGCCAAUCGGAAGCCCCGUCAGAUGUUCGGCUUCCGAAAGGACGUUCAGAAACCGGAACGCUCACUCCCAGGUUUCGAUCAUUCGGGAGCCGAUUUGUUCUGGAGCCAAGGCAUUUGAGAUCCAAUUUAUGACAGCAUCCGAGGAUCACAAAGGCAUUUUGCAAAAUAAAAAUGCACAAUAUAAUAACCAGUACUUUUUUUCUGGAGGUACGCAAAGCCCACAUUUUGUGAAUCUUUGUAGAGUCAUACUUCGGGUUACAGACGCUUCAGGCUGCGUUUUUUCGGGUUACAGACUGCCAAAACCCGGAAGUACCGGAAUGGGAUACUUCCAGGUUUCGGCGGUCGAGCAUGCGCAGAAGCGCUAAAUCGCGCUUUGCACAUGCGCAGAAGCGCCGAAUCGCAACCUGCGCGGAUCACGUUCGCAACCCAAGUGUCCCCUGUACUCUUGUCCAUUUGCUGUGUUUGUGUCCCUCGAUUUGAAGUACAAAAUGGUGAUUUUUCUCGAGUCAAAACAAGAGUACCCCCUAAGCAUUUUCUUCAGGAAAAAAGCACGGAUGAUAACAAAACAGGACAGUUUUUGCAGGCACACAGGUUUCCUAAGACGCUGGUUUCCAAUUUAAAGAUCCGGCAAGUCCCUUGCGAAGAGAGGAAUUUGGUGUGGCCCUUAAGUAAGUGAGCUUGUCUGCCCUCUCCCCGGCCGGUGUCCCAGGGGUGUUGAAUGGUAAUGAAAUUUGGAAAGGGAGCCCCAAAUAUCAUCUAGUCCAACCCUCCUGCGAUGCAGGAAAAUCGCAUCUUGCAGGGUCCCUUGCAGAUGGUUGUAGACUUGAAAGGGACCAGCAGCGGUCAUCUAGUCCAACCCGCUCCGAUGCAGAAACUGCAAGCAAAGAAUCCCUCCCUCCCAGGUAGUCCAUAUGGUUCUGUUAUCCAUUUCAGGAUCUAUCCCACCACCCACCCACACCUCCCAACCUGGUGCGUCUCUAACCAACUUUUAAUUUCACAGCAUCCGGUUUCUCUAUAAUUCUGUGUCAUAUAUAUAAAUCUAUUAUAUAUAUAUAUAUAUGCUUUUUUCGGUGGGGGGGGGAAGGAAAAAUAAAAAUAUCCCAGCAACAUCAGCAACACACACACACAAGCCCAGGAGAGAAAAAAAACCUUUAAAAACGAAAAUUGUUUGUAUUUUGCUAAAAGAAAGAAAAGAAAUAUUGCUUUUUUCCCUUUUUGCUGAAGCAGACGAGAAACAAAACGCAAAAACCGAUCUCUUUUUUUUCUUGAUCUUUCUCUCUCUUUUUACCCCCUUGUCCCAUUUUUCUUUUUUCUUCUUUUUUCUUGCUCUUAGGUCCGCUCACGAAAAAGCGUGAGGAGGUGUCAACUAACAAUCCCUCUCCAGACGAAGGUAUUUUUCCUGCAUGUUUCACAAAUCUUGCUUUUUUAAAAAAAACAAAAACAAAACAGAAACAGAAACAAAAUAUUUUCCUUUUUUUUUUUGGUUUUGGUUUUUUGGUUUUUUACUUCUUCUUCUUUUUAAAUAUAUAUAUAUAUUGAUUAAAAAAAGAAAAGAAAAGAAACCAGAACAAAUAAUAUAUAAACUUUUGGAAAAAAAGCAACCCUUCCCCCCCUCUUUUUUCCUUUUUUUGGGAAAGCACCCACCCCUUUCUUGUUUUCCAAAAUCAUCACAAUUUUCGCUUCCUUCUUUCUUUAUCUUUUCCUCUCUUUUUUUCUCCUCCUUUUUUUUGGAAGGGAAACAAACAAUAAUAAUAAUUACAAUACUGCCCCCCCCAAUCCAUUUAGGGCCAGAUGAUUUACUGAGAUUUAGAAGAACUUUUAUUGCAAAGGGAAGAAUUUCAUUUGGGAUUUGGGUGUGUGCUUGUAUUUGUGGGUGUGGGGUGUCGGGCUGGUGUCCCCACCAAAGCAAACCAAGCUUUGGGCCUGUUUCCCAUAAUCCUCCUCGCUCACAAAUUCCAAAACAAAGUGGCUUUUUUUUUGGUGGAGAAAAGCCCACGGGGGGUAUUUUCUGAACUUGGCAACUUUUAAUUCAUUGUGAGAGAGGAACGGGCUUCGUGGGACGGGACUCUGGUGUUGUUCUCUGGUUCCCAUUGUUUUCUUGCCUUUACGAACUUAAAAAUAUAUAUAUUUGGGUUAUUUUUCCCCCAACCAGGGUGUCCCUCAAACAAGCCAUCACCACCCCUUAAAAGUCCCCAGUUGUGAAAGCGGAAGAUUUCUUGUCACUCCCAAACUGACGGAAUUAAAGCAGGUGGUGACCCAAUUUCCCUCGUGCCCAUUUUACAGAAAAGUUGCUUUGCUCCCUUGUUUUCUUGGUCAGAAGCCGAGAACAGCUUUCCUCAACCAGAUGUCGACGUACUACACCUCCCAUCAGCCCCAGCCAGCGUUGCCCAAUGGCCCAGGGGGAUGAUGGGAGUUGGAGUCCAACGAGACCUGGCUCCCCUUCCGCCGCUUUGCACCCGGGCGGCGUGGGAAUUGUGGCAAGAAAGGAACUAGAGAGUGAAGGAAUUGUAGGUGCUUUGACUGUUUGGUUAACAGGAUACGCCCACAGCUUCUCGUAAGAAAUGUUGCCUAAUUGGGAGAAACGCAGGGAAAAAAACACGCCUUGUGGCUUUUUUGCCCAUCUAAGCCAGUGUUACCCGUUCUGGCUGGCAGCAUCUCUCUGGGUCCCUGGCUGUUUCCUUGUUCCCUUUUAAAACGGAGACUCUGUCGGAGUUUGAACCCGCAACCGUCUGCAUGCAAAGUGCUCUGCCCCCCUUGAGCAAAGGGGGCCAACCCCCAAAGCUAACCGAUAAAUACUUUUAUGUGAUAAUUUCACCGAUUUAGGGUGCAAUGAUGCGCCCGUUUAAAGACCAAAAUAAGUUAAGAAUUAUUUCCCUUUUUUGCCCCGCUCAGCAGUGGCCUUACUGUUUUCCAUCGCCUUUUGCCCCAAAACAAUCAGACGGUUGUGUUUCGGGUGUCCCUGCGGAAUUAUAUCUCUCACUGAUGUGGCCAUGCAGGGAAUUUUCGUGAAAUUUUCGGAGGAGAAAAGGGGAAGUCUCGCUGAAAAGCAGGCCUCGAAUAUCUUCCCUCUCUCCCCCUUUUCUUUUUUUGCAACCACAGCCCUUUAUUUCGCCAGGACUGGAAUGGCGCUGCUGAGAGUUCUAAUUUGAGGAAAGAAAAUGCAGGAAAGGGUUUGGGGUUUUGCGUUGUUUUUUAAAGGGUCCUGCAGCAAAUUAUUACGCAGAGGGAGCAGGAACUUGGUGGACUGGACUAUUUUGGGUUUAUUAGAUGGAGCGGAGAAAUUGGACUCGUGGGUCCUGGUGUACGCGGAGGGUUAUUUCGUACCAACAAAAGUCCAAACUGCAACUCUCCUCCGGGUAUUUUAAUCCCAUGUAGGAAAAGAAAAAUGAGCCGAAACGGUGGGAAAUCCUCUGCUGUUAGCAAAAUUUGCUCACUGGUUGUGGUUCCAGCCUCUCUUUGCAAAGUUAUGCAGACCGUGUUUGCUCGUAAAUGAGCUACUGGAUACCCUUAGUCCUAAUUUGCCCAGUCCUCUUUUAAGGCCAUUCAAGUUGGUGGCCACCCUGUGGCAGAGAGUUCCACAGGUUAACAGCGCUGCAGGAAGAAAGGCUAUCUUUUAUCUGUCCUGAAACUUCCAAUGUACAACUUCAUUUAAUGUACUUUUAAUCUCUUGUUGGAAGCUGCCAGAGUAAUAAAUUAUUAUUAUUAUUAUUAUUAUUAUUAUAUGCCCUACUGCCACGAGAGAGGGAGGAAAUGAUUUUCCUUGGGCCAUGCGUACUUGACUUCUAUCAUGUCGCCUCUUAAUCGUCUUUCCUCUACAUGAAAAAACAUCCCAAACCUUUCUGCAACUUUUCAACUGACCUCAGUUUCCCAUUUCGUCCAAAUCUAUGGAACUGUGGUUUCUCUAAACUGUGGUUUCAGAACAAGCCAGAACAAUUUGAUUGUGGUUCGUUUUAACAAACCACGGUGUUUCCAGGAAACCGCAGUUUGGAUGUAAUGGGGACAACGACUGUGGUUAGUUUAAGAGCAGAAAUUGACACUUCCGAUCUCCCAGAACCUGAGGCUCGUGAAUGCAGAACCAUUUGCGUGUGGUUUUUAUUGUUAUAAAAACUAUACAAGCGGAAGCGGAGGAAAGAAGACAAAGCACAAAGAGAAACGUCUUGUUUCGCACCCAGUGCCACAUUCACUGACGGUGGCAGAAUGAGGCGGUGGAACAGUUUCCUUUUACUUAUUUAAAAUUUAUACACCCCUUGAUUGUAAAAAAUAAAUAAAUCCUAAAAACAAGUUUACAAGGAGAAGAAAACAAUAAAUUUGCCAGUAAGAACAGUAAAAAGCGACUCUUUAAAACAAACAAAAAUCAGCAAUAAAGUAAAAACAUAUCAAAAUGUACGUUGAUGUUCUACACGUCUGUGCAGGCUUGUCUGAACAAAAAUUUUUUUUUUAGCUGGCCCCGAAAAGAGCCCAGCGAAGGCACCUGGCAGGGAGUUCCAGAGGCUAGGUGCUGCCACACAAAUAGAUCAACGAGGGUUUAUCCGGGGUGUAGAAUGGGCAGCACUGCUUUAGACUGAAAGAGAAGGGUCACGUUUUUACAAUCUUCUACUAGAUGGGGGAGGGACGCGGGUGGCGCUGUGGGUGGCGCUACUCUCUCGGGACAAGCCCGCGGAUCCUGCCUCUCUGCCCUGACGUUGGCCCUCUUCUUCCGCCCGCCCGCAAUUCAAAGCGCGGCCUUCUCUCUUGACUCUCUCGGGAAUUCCUGUGGCAGGCAGUUCCGGAGGUUAACGGCCGUUCAUGCAGAGAACAAUAACGGAAAAGGAAAGAGGAGGCUCCUGGUGUUUGGGCCGAGCCAAAGGUGGGUGAAGGGGACGCGGGUGGCGCUGUGGGUUAAACCACAGAGCCUAGGACUUGCCGAUCAGAAGGUUGGCGGUUUGAAUCCCAGCGACGGGGUGAGCUCCCGUUGCUCUGUCCCUGCUCCUGCCACCCUAGCAGUUCGAAAGCACGUCAAAGUGCAAGUAGAUAAAUAGGUACCACUCUGGCGGGAAGGUAAAUGGCGUUUCCGUGAGCUGCUCUGGUUCGCCAGAAGCAGCUUAGUCCUGCUGGGCACAUGACCCAGAAGCUGUACGCCAGCUCCCUCGGCCACGAAAGCGAGAUGAGCGCCUCAACCCCAGAGUCGGCCACGACUGGACCUAAUGGUCAGGGGUCCCUUUACCUUUACUAGAUGGGGGGAGGGGCGUAUCUAAAAAGACUCCCUGCAAGUAGAAAUCUAGCAGAGCAAGGCAGACACUGGUUAUUAAAAAAGACUCCCUGCAAGUAGAAAUCUAGCAGAGCAGGGAAGGAACUGGUUAUCUAAAAAGACCCCCUGCAAGUAGAAAUCUAGCAGAGCAAGGCAGACACUGAUUAUCUAAAAAGAUGGCCUGCAAGUAGAAAUCUAGCAGAGCAAGGCAGACACUGAUUAUCUUAAAAGAGACUCCCUGCAAGUAGAAAUCUAGCAGAGCAAGGCAGACGCCGGUUAUCUAAAAAAAAUACUCCCUGCAAGUAGAAAUCUAGCAGAGCAAGGCAGACACUGGUUAUCGAAAAAUACUUCCUGCAUGGGGAAACCAUGAAACAGUGCCUGCUCAGGAUUUUACCGAUUCCAUUCUACUAAAUUGGUAGAGUUUGGUGGAGUUAAGGCAGGGAAAGAAUUCGGGGUUCACCGUAUACUUAAGAACUCCUUCCUUGUCCCAUCCUGAGGCCCCCUCUCCAACACAGGGAAAAGGAGAAUUUGAGGAGAGAACCCCAAGCUAUUGAAUUAGUCAUAGAAAUAAAGAGUGGGGACACCAGGGGUCAUCUAGACCAACCCUGUGCAAUGCAGGAACUGCGGCUGUUUUGUGAGCUAGUCCCGUUUUAGUGAGCUAAGAUUGUGAGCUGCAUUGUUCAGCCGAAGAGUAUGGAUUUAGAAAAUCACGUUCUGAAGACAAGGCGCACCCUUCUGAACCCUUCCUGCGUGUGUUCCUGAGCACAUGCAGAGUUUUUCUUUCUUUCUUUCUCCCGUACCAAUGCUGCCAUAUUCUGGCAGUACAGGACAGGUGCUUAUUUCAAGUAUCCAUUUCUGCAUAUGUUUCCCUUAUAAAGGAAACGGCUCCAAAUUGCUUAUUAUUUCAAACAAAAACAGCAACAACGUUUCAGAGGUGAAAAAACAAAAACUGAAACGAAAAAUGCAACUUAAAACCAGUGAAACAGCGGCGUAAAAGCAAAUGAAAUUAGGAAAUCAGAAAAGUGAAGGCUGGGGCAUGGUGUCGUGGGUCGAGGAAAACCUGGGCACAUAAUAAAAAGAAUAAUAACACAUCUUUCUUUCUUUAUCCUUUUUAUUUAUUGAAUUUAUAGCCGGCCGUUCCUCCCUGAGGGUCCCGGGGCUACAAACGAAGAUGCAAUUGAAAAGCAAAAUGCAAAAGCCUUGUAAAACAGGUGGAGACGUUCUAAAAACAAUUGCAUCUAAAAGCAAUUACAAGCUAGAAUCUCCCCCCAAAGCGAUUCCAACUAAGAAUAAGGCUUCUUGUCCAAAGAUUUUGGGGGCGCCUGGGACCGUAUCUGGCAGCCAGCGCAUGUCUGAAGCGAAUGGCAGGUGGGGACAGAGCGAAGGACGGCCCAGAGAUCUGGGGCCAUAUCCUGAGGGAAAAGGUCUUCAAAAUCAAAAAUCCCUGCGCUAUUAAUUUUUUCCCUUUUAGGGCAGCUGACACGGCGUUCGUUUAAAACAACGCCACAAAGUCCAAGAGGAUACAGCAGAGGAUUCAGCGUGAAACGGGUCCAGAAUCAGAGCGGAGGGCUGUUUAAAUGCCUUGAAGGGAGAUGAUAGAAUCGUAGAGUUGGAAGGGGGCGCCGGGGUCAUCUAGCCUGACCCCCCGCUUAUUUACCUAUUGUUCGUUUCGUCUGGCGAAACGGUGGUGAGGAGAAGGAAAAGGUCUCAGAGCGGCUUACGGAAAGUUUAAAGCGAUAAGAGGAUGGGUAAAAGCAGCUUUUUAAAAAAAGGUUUAGGAAUAAUGGACAAUAAGCUAAAUAAAACACAGAUUAAAACACGUGUCAAGGGCCUAUGUGUCUUAAACAGGCUUGCCUAAACUAAAAUGUUCAAAGCAGGCACCCCAAAAAGUGUGGAGCCUGACAUCAAGUUGCAGGGAGUUCCAAAGUUAUUAAAUUUGCACCCCAAUAUAUAUAUAUAUAUAAAAUGGCAUAUCUGUUGGGGAAGACUUCUCACAGCGGCCAGUCAAAUGCCCCAAGGGAAAGCCUACAAGCAGAAUUCGAACACAGGAUCUGAGCCUCGUUCCACCUGCUGUUUCCUACUGGAUUACAGCAAUUAUUAUUAUUAUUAUUAUUAUUAUAUACUGCCCUUCAUCCGAAGAUGUCAGGGCGGUUCACAAGAUUAAAAUACAGCAUAAAAGCACAAAUAAAUAGUUAAAACAAUAGCCCCCCCUCUCUCACAUUUAGAAGUCCGUGGAAUAUUAAAAAGACACAAGGCGGCUCAGAGAGGAACAUUUCCGCCUGGCCCCUAAAGAUGUCGAAUGAAGGUGUCCGGCUGUCCAAAGCCGUCUCCUCUUCCGUGAAUUGGUCCAGGCCUCUUUUAAAGCCGUCUCGGUUGGCUUCCUGUGGCAGGGAGUUCCAUAGUUGAACAACAGCAUGAAAAAGGUCUUUUUUUUAAAUCUUCCAACGUUCACGAGUUCCAGUGUUGCCAGAGAGGGAGGCAAACCCUUUCUCAGUCUCUGUGCAAGGCCUAAUUUCACGGAUUUGGGCCUUUCCUCUGAAACCAGAAAUUCCCAAAUGCCCCAACUGCUCCCCGUCCCCUCGAUAAUUUGGGGUGGCCUUUUCUGGACCCUUUUGCGGUUCUGGUUUGUGGGUACGCCGAGCAAAAAGAAGGUCAGCAACAUAUUCAUCUCCCCGCUUUGGAGCCCCCCUCCUCUCCUGCGAAACAUCUGGCAAACAGCUGGAGCACCCAGAAUUUCUCCUCCUAACACCCACAGCAGGGCGAGGGCUCACCGCAGUAAUCCUCAACCGGGUGCCCUCCAGAUCUUUCAAACAGCAGCGCCCGUUGGCACUGCCCGCUGUGCUUUGAACUACAACUCCCAUCAUGCCCUGGCUGGGGUUGAUGGCAGCUCCAGUCCAAAAUAUCUGGAAGGGUCUGGUUUACAGUAUUGAAAUGACUCAAGGGCCACCCAGUGGUUUUCACACAACAAAUAACCAUCGCGUUGCAUGGGAAAUGCAGGGAUCUUUGACCCAACCUGAGACUCGAACUCACAACCUUGAGAUUAAGCGUCCCAUGCUGUAAUUAACCGACGGAACUCCCUGCCACCAGAUGAAUUGUCCCACAAAUGGAAUACACCUUCAAAUAAGGAUCGGAGAAAUUUGUGGAAGAUAAAGAGAGGAAUAUCUGUGGCUCCAAGCCAGGAUGGCUGUGCGUUGACCUCCACGGUCAGCGGCAGCGACGCUCCUGGAUUCCAGCUGCCGGAAACCGCAGGAGGGAAGAGCGGGUCUUGCGUUCGAAUCCUGCUUGCUGGCUUUCCCACAGGUUGGCCGCUGUGAGAACAGAAUGGGCCGUCGGCCUGAUCCUGGUAUUUCUAAACGUUGACUGGAGUGGGGGGGAGCUGGAGUCCCAACAGCAGUGCGGUGUAGCGGUUAGAGUGCUGGAUUAAUAAUAAUUUUAUAAUAAUAAUAAUUUAUUAUUUAUACCCCGCCAUCUGGGCGGCUUCCAACAAAAUAUUAAAAUACCAUAAUGCAUCAAACAUUAAAAGCUUCCCUAAACAGGGCUGCCUUCAGAUGUCUUCUAAAAGUCAGAUAGUUGUUUAUUUCCUUGACAUCUGAAGGGAGGGCAUUCCACAGGGCGGGGGCCACCACCGAGAAGGCCCUUUGCCUGGUUCCCUGUAACUUGGCUUCUCGCAGUGAGGGAACCGCCAGAAGGCCCUCGGAGCUGGACCUUAGGGUCCGGGCUGAACGAUGGGGGUGGAGACGCUCCUUCAGGUCUACUGGGCCUUUGAGGCCGUUUAGGGCUUUCAAAGUCAGCACCAACGCUUUGAAUUGUGCUCGGAAACAUACUGGGAGCCAAUGUAGGUCUUUCAGGACUGUUGUUAUAUGGUCUCCCAGUUCCCAGUCUGGCUGCCGCAUUCUGGAUUAAUUGUAGUUCCCGGGUCACCUUCAACGGUAGCCCCAUGUAGAACGCAUGGCAGUAGUCCGAGCGGGAGAUAACUAGAGAAUGCGCCACUCUGGCCGGACAGUCUGCGGACAGGGAGGGUCUCAUCCUGCGUCCCAGAUGGAGCUGGUAGACAGCUGCCCUGGACACAGAACUGACCUGCGCCUCCAUGGACAGCGGUGAGUCCAAAAUGACUCCCAGGCUGCGCACCUGGUCCUUCAGGGGCACAGUUGCCCCAUUCAGGACCAGGGAGUCCCCCACACCCGCCUGCUUCCUGUCCCCCCAAAACAGUACUUCUGCCUUGUCAGGAUUCAACCUCAAUCCAUUAGCCGCCAUCCAUCCUCCAACCGCCUCCAGACACCACACAGGACCUUCACCGCCUUCACUGGUUCUGAUUUGAAAGAGAGGUAGAUUAAGAAGUGGGGAGGGGGGGAUCAGGGUUCAAAUUCCACCCCCCACAUGGCCAUGAAGCUCACUGGGUGACGCUGGGCCUGUCGCUUUUCUGAUGUUCUGAUGUUCUGACCAAGCAUGUAGAGAACGGAGGCCAGCAAGUGAAUUUGAUGGGCAAAAGGACCCAAAUAAUGCCUUGCGUUACCUGACACAUUCCCCAAAGGAGGGCGGCUGCAGUAUGCUCACAAGGAAAUAGGAACAUACCUAGAGCCCAGCAGGAUCAGGCCAGUGGCCUCCAACUAUGGCAGCAGAGCCCUAGUCACCCUAGUCACCGCCGACAGCCCUCUCCUCCUCUGCGACUUCGCCCACCCAAGAUGGCCGCCGCCCCCUGUGGCAGGGAGUUCCGCAGGACUUUUCUGUUGCCUGUCCUGAAUGAACGAAUUUUAUUAUUUCGGUCACAGUUCCAGCCCACAUACAAUAUCAAGGAGGUUAUAAAACACGAUAGGGAUACAUUUGAAUUUGCAAUUAGAUAUAACAGGGACAAUACAGAUAUAGCAACAGUUAAAAAAAAAAGAAAUUAAAACUUAAGUCACUAAUAUAUAACCUAAAAUUAUAAAUUUAAGGCCUUAAUCAUUAUGAUAAGAAACCAGUAGGUUCAUGUUAGUCCACCGUCAGAAGUCAAUUAUGGAUCAGAAACCAGGACAGGACCCUAUUUCGACGUAUUCACCUUCAUCAGCUGGAAGUAACAAAUAUUACAUGAAAAUACAUUUAAAUUCUCUAUUUGAGUUUGUAAUCCUUGACGGAAUACAUACUUUUGAAUGGAUUAGAGUUUGUUACAAAUGACUAUUGAUUUGCGAGUAGGGACCACUCCCACUAUUAAAACUUACAUUGGCCUGAGUUCUUUUUUCUUGGUAUAUUUAAUAACAAGAACUCCAACUUAUUUAACCUUAAACAUGACGAUAGCACAGCUUGUUCCCGAAGUUUUAUGGCAAUUGCACAGAAUUUGGCUACCUUUAAUCAAGAGGUUUUGCAUCAGUCUCUGCGUUAACUUAGAGCCUUCCAAAGUAACCUGUUCCUGGCCCAGCAAAGACCAUAUCCUGUGCACCUCGUGCAAAAAGCAACAGCACUCGAACCCGAACCGUUGGAAUUAAUACAUGAUCUGUUCAGAUAGACUCAGAAAAUGGUCCCAAAUCUUCCAACAUUCGGUUUUGCUGGAAGUCCACGAGUCACAGCGUCUUGAGAUAUAUAUGUGUAAGAGAAAGAGGUAUUUGGAGGAAAUAGGAGGUGUGUUUCGGGCAAAUAACAACAACAACAAUAAUAAUAAUAAUAAUUUAUUAUUUAUACCCCGCCCAUCUGGCUGGGCUUCCCCAGCCACUCUGGGCGGCUUCCAAAAAAAUAUUAAAAUAUUGUAAUACAUCAAACAUUAAGAGCUUCCCUAAAUAGGACUGCCUUCAGAUGUCUUCUAAAAGUCUGGUAGUUGUUGUUCUCUUUGACAUCUGGUGGGAGGGUGUUCCACAGGGAGGGCACCACCACCGAGAAGGCCCUCUGCCUGGUUCCCUGCUCCUUGGCUUCUCGCAGGGAGGGAACUGCCAGAAGGCCCUUGGCGCUGGACCUCAGUAUCUGGGUAGAACGAUGGGGGUGGAGACGCUCCUUCAGGUCUACUGGGCCUCUGAGGCCGUUUAGGUCUCUCAAGGUCAGCACCAACACUUUGAAUUGUGCUCGGAAACGUACUGGGAGCCAAUGUAGGUCUUUCCAGACUGGUGUUAUGUGGUCUCAGCUGCGUACCAGAUGGAGCUGGUAAACACCUGCCCUGGACACAGAACUGACCUGCGCCUCCAUGGACAGCGGUGAGUCCAGAAUGACUCCCAGGCUGCGCACCUGGUCCUUCAGGGGCACAGUUGCCCCAUUCAGGACCAGGGAGUCCUCCACACCUGCCCACCUCCCGUACUUCUGUCUUGUCAGGAUUCAACCUCAAUCUGUUAGCUGCCAUCCAUUCUCCAACCGCCUCCAGACACUCACACAGGACCUUCACCACCUUCACUGGUUCUGAUUUGAAAGAGAGGUAGAGCUGGGUAUCAUCCGCAUUUUGAUGAACACCCAGCCCAAUGCGAGGGGGAUCAGGUUGCCCAAAGUCAAACACACGUGUGUGGGGUGGUUGUUGGUUUUUUGGGGGGGGAUUCUAUGAAUCACGACCUCCUUUCCUUUGGCCCCACCCUCUUCCCCAUCUGUUCCCCUCAGGAAAGGCGGGUGGUGGGGGGAGGGGCCGAGUGGAAACCGCUAAUUAAGACCUUGGUGCGUCUAAUUAACGCUCUCCCCUUGCAGCGAAUUAAUUAGGCUCCAGGUUGCCAUGGAAAUGGAUGUGACCUAGAAACGCAGGCCGGGGCUUGAGGAGAGGGGCUGCCCUUUUUCCGCGUCUCCCCCUCCCCAGGGAGGCAUGGUUCGGGGGUACAGCGAGUCACAGCCCCCCAAGCCCUUUCACCUUAUCCCAGUGGCCAAAGUUGGGCUGAGGUGUUGCGGGGGACGGAAACCGGGACAUAAAACACCACAAAAAUCAAAAAUGAGCAUCCCUCCAUUGGCUAAGCUUCAAACAUCGUCCUUUCAUUCAUCUCUGGCCUGGGACCCAGCUCACCUGCGGACCCCAAACACACCUGCCCCACCAGUUCCCUGGUCAUCGGCUUGUGGGAUUUGGGCCUGGGGUCCGGCCAGGAUUCUGGAUCUCAUUGCAAUAGCGCCUCGUAACCCUACUGAUCCGCUGGGGUUCCCAGCCAAAGCCGCAUUCGCACCCUGUCUUUAAAGCGCCGUCAACAGUGAUGGCUUCCCAGAGAAUUCUGGGAGUUGUAGUUCUUCCCCUUGCAGGCCUGCAAUUCCCAGAGUUCCCUGGGAAGGGACAUGGAGUGUCAAAAUUGGCUUCCCUCAAGGCAUCCUGGGAGUUGCGGUUCGGUUAAGGGUCGUGGGCAUCGUGAGGUGACCCCCCUCUCUGAGCUACAGUUCCCAAAGUGGCUUAACAAAUCCACUCCUAUUUUCAAGGGAUGGAGGACUGUAGCUGUGUGAGGGGAAUAGGGGUCUCCUCAGGGUGCUCAGCACCCAUAACUCGUCACGCAACUUGACUUGCAAAGGCCCAACAAUUUCAGGGGUCCCUGGUUUCGAGAACACACGCUGCCCGUUCCCCCCUGUUCUCAUCCCUCUCACCUCCCAGCUCUCCUCAGCUACUGAUUCCUGCUCUGUAUUCAUGGACUCUCAGAACGGCAGAGUCGGAAGUGGGUCCCCCAAAGAUCAUCCAUCCCAACCCCCUGCCAUUCGUGGAACAGCAGCGCGCAGAGAGGAGCUUGCGUGUCUGCCGCGUGCUGGGGGGAACCUCUCCAUCCUUCCUCCCAAAGAGGAACGGCGAGAGGCCGUCGUGGAGGGAACGGUCCCAGCCUCACGCCACCCAUCUCUCCCUUCUCGCCCCGCAGAUAUCCGGGACAGCGGCAAGAAACCGGUGAUGCUGUUUAUCCACGGCGGAUCCUAUAUGGAGGGGACCGGGAACAUGUUCGACGGCAGUGUCCUGGCCGCUUACGGGAACGUCAUAGUCGUCACCAUGAAUUACCGGCUCGGCGUGCUGGGUAGGAGGGCUUCGCUGGGGUGGGCUGGGGGAACAGAGCCCAAAAUCUUGACUUCUUUCUCUUUCUCUUUCUCUUUCCCUUUUUCUUUCUCUUUUCCUCUCUCUCUCUCUCUCUCUCUCUCUCUCUCUCUCUCUCUCUCUUUCUCUUCCUCUCUCGUUUCCCCUAACAUCCCACAAUCGCAGGUUUCAUUUUCCUCCGCCGUUCUCGCGUUGCGUGCGUGCCACCGGCUUGAAGCGUUCGUUUUGCCUCAAUUCGGAUCGAGACUGGUUUGGCAGGGAGGGCAGGAACGGACACCUAAAAAUGCAGCGCUUUCUAAGAAACGGCCGGAUAGUUAAAAACAAAUUGAGGCCGACAACUCGUGUACAGUGUGAUGCAGAUUUCAGUCUAUAACUUUUCUAAAGUUUUAAAUUGUUGUUGUUGUUGUGGGCAAUUUCCAUGCUGGUAAUUUUGUCGUUUUCUCUCUUCUUCUUCUUUUGUAAACUGGUUUGAGCUUGUUGCUUUUAACAACCAAGCAGUGUAUAAUUUUUAACUGAAAUUAAAUGAAAUGAAUACACCAGACAUAGCAGGCAGGACGCAGAGGCGGUAGGAAGAUGUGUGGGAAAGCCUUUGGGCGUCUUGGUUUCUGCCUCUCCUGCGACGGACGUAUUUUGAAAAAUCUGAGAAACGAAAACCGGUGUUGCGUUCUGGAAGUUGUGCGCGGCGAGAGAAAAAUCUGGCCUCCUGUUCUGAUCUCGGAACAGUUCUGUACACGGUUUUGUGUGCGGCCAAUCUGUUCCCUGCUCAUAUGCCAAAAAGUAAAGUAAGGUGUUUUGUUAAAACAUAUUUAUCUCUGCUCCGAAUUGACCCUCAUGGAUAUCCAAGCCGUGAUGCACCUUUGCCCUGGACUUAAAAUAGCUGUGACAGCUCAUUUGGUAGAAUCUUGAUCCCAGGGUUGUGGGUUCGAAUCCCAUGUUCGGCUAAAGAGUCCUGCAUUGCAGGGGGUUGGAAUGGAUGACCCUCGGGUCCCUUCCGACUUGGCAAUUCCGUGAUUCUGCUUGUACGUUCGGAUGAACGUUAUGUGCACAGGAGAGCCAUUAGGGACAUAGGAAGCUGCCGAAUCAGACCUUUGGGGUCCGUCGACCUCAAUAUUGUCCACACUGGCUGGCAGCAGCGACCCUCCAGGGUUUGCGGCAGGUGAUAUUCUGAGGAACUGGUUCUGGGACCUCCUCAGGCAAGGCAGUGCUACUGCCCUUAAAAUAACGCAAGAUUCUAGUCCUCUUUGCUCUGAAGGAAUGGCUGCUAUAAAUAGGAACUUAGCAAGCUGGACGGGGGAACAUAUUGUGCUCCUUCUGGGGUAGUUUGUCCACCUUUUGGCCCCACGCCUGCACUCAGCUCUCACUUGUGGCUCCUAGAAGCAUGAGACAGGGGCCACACCCUGGGAACGGCUUCGACUCGCCGGCUGAACCAGGCGAGGGGAGCCGUCAAGUCUCAAACCCUCAGUGAGUUAGGGUCUUUCCCUGUAUGUGAAGACAGACUCUGGCAGAUGUAGCGGACGAGACUAGGAGUGGGUCCAGUGGUCCUGAAAGACCCACAUUGGCUCCCAGUACGUUUCCGAGCACGAUUCAAAGUGUCGGUGCUGACCUUGAAAGCCCUAAACGGCCUCAAAGGCCCAGCGGACCUGAAGGUGCGUCUCCGCCCCCAUCGUCCAGCCCAGACACUGAGGUCCAGCUCCGAGGGCCAUCUGGCAGUUCACUCCCUGCGAGAAAUGAAGUUACAGGGAACCAGGCAGAGGGCCUUUUCGGUGGUGGUGCCCACCCUGUGGAAUGCCCUCCCAGCAGAUGUCAAGGAAAUAAACAACUAUCUGACUUUUAGAAGACAUCUGAAGGCAGCCCUGUUUAGGGACGUUUUUAAUGUUUGAUCUUUUAUUGUGUUUUUAAUAUUUUGUUGGAAGCCGCCCAGGGUGGCUGGGGAAGCCCAGCCAGAUGGGCAGGAUAUACAGUGGUACCUCGGGUUACAUACGCUUCAGGUUACAUACACUUCAGGUUACAGACUCCACUAACCCAGAAAUAGUGCUUCAGGUUAAGAACUUUGCUUCAGGAUGAGAACAGAAACUGCUCCAGCGGAGCGGCAGCAGCGGGAGGCCCUAUUAGCUAAAGUGGUGCUUCAGGUUAAGAACAGCUUCAGGUUAAGAACGGACCUCCGGAACGAAUUAAGUUCUUAACCCGAGGUACCACUGUAGAUAAUAAAAUGAUGAUGAUGAUGAUGAUGAAGGCAGUUUCUGCAUUUGCUGUAGAGCAGCCUUUCUCAACUCAUGGGUCCCCAGAUGUUGUUGAACUACAACUCCCAUCACCCCUAGCUAGCAAGGCCACAGCUCAGGGGUGAUGGGAGUUGUAGUCCAACAACAUCUGGGGACCCACAGGUUGAGAAAGGCUGCUGUAGAGGGAAGUGAGGGGCAGCCGGGGCUCGCCCAUCUCGGAGAAGGAAAACUCUCAUCCUCAAACUCUGCUACCCUGCGGGACAUCUUCGGGAGAAGAUGGAAACGCUAUUUGUUGUUGUUGUUUUGUCGUUUAGUCGUGUCCGACUCUUCGUGACCCCCUGGACCAGAGCACACCAGGCCCUCCUGUCUUCCACUGCCUCCCGCAGUUGGGUCAAACUCAUGUUGGUCGCUUCAAGAACACUGUCCCACCAUCUCGUCCUCCGUCGUCCCCUUCUCCUUGUGCCCUCCAUCUUUCCCAACAUCAGGGUCUUUUCCAGGGAGUCUUCUCCUCUCAUGAGGUGGCCAAAGUCUUGGAGCCUCAGCUUCAGGAUCCGUCCUUCCAGUGAGCACUCAGGGCUGAUUUCCUUCAGAAUGGAGAGGUUGGAUCUUCUUGCAGUCCAUGGGACUCUCCAGAGUCUCCUCCAGCACCAGAAUUCAAAAGCAUCCAUUCUUCGGCAAUCAGCCUUCUUGAUGGUCCAGCUCUCACUUCCAUACAUCACGACUGGGAAAACCAGAGCUUUAACUAUACGGACCUACAAAUCUGGAAUGGAGUCCCUAAGGUGGUUGAACUGGUGCCAAGCAUCUAACUCUGGUUUAAUUUGGGCCACACCUGAGAGGCUGAGAGGUGGGUCUUGUCGUCUGGGAAGCCCAGGACCUCCACACACACUGCCCAUUCUUGCACCCCAAGGAGGUCACUUUGGGGUUGCUGACGUAGCGGUUUGGCUUCACCCUGGAAGUGCGGUCCAUUGUCUCUCGAGACAGACGGUUGCCGACGAUAGGAAGCGCAUACAGACUCUGGCUCCAUCUAGCUCAGCCGUGCCUGGAGAAGCCAUGAGGGAUUUGAACCCGGAACCAGGUGCCCUAUUGACUCAGCUGCGAUGUCCCUUCUGCAAAGGGGAAGAUGCACGCGCGGGCAUUGCGUAACGUGGGAAGGGGGCCUCCCGCCGGCCUCUGGGUGCUGGGGGGUGGGUGAGGUUCUGACCUGGAGCGUGGACCCCUCUUCUGAGGCUCAGCCUCGCCUGCCCGAUCUGCGGUUCAAGCCCCGUCUCGGCCCCUUCCUCUCGCCUCCGCUUCCCCUGCGGGUGUGAAAUUUACCCAGGCGCAGUCGAAAUUAAUAUUUCAUUAAAAAGCUUUUAAUAAUUAACGGCGAGGCCUCGUUAUCUCCAGCAAAAAGAGAAGAAAAAGCGGGCGCCCCCGGGAUGGAGUGAUGAUUAAUUUUAAAGGAGACGUGGCCGUGCGGACGGGAGCGCUGAGCAGAGGCAGAAAGAAAGAAAGAAAGAAAGAAAGAAAGAAAGAAAGAAAGAAAGAAAGGCCUUUUCCGAUCGAUCACUUUGCUGAGCUUCCCUUUGUGUUGUGUGUUGAAUCGGGAACGUGAGAAAGUUAAGACCUAGGACCCUCGUACCUACGGGACCGCCUCUCCUGGUAUGCCCCAUGGAGGACCUUAAGGUCCACAAAUGACAACACUUUGGUGGUCCUGAGCCUCAAGGUGGUGAGAUUGGUCUCAACUAGGGCCAGGGCCUUUUCCGUACUGGCCCCGAUGUGGUGGAACGCUCUGCCCCAAGAGACCAGGGCUCUGCGGGACUUGACAUAUUUCUGCAGGGCCUGCAAGACGGAGCUGUUCCGCCUGGCCUUUGGUUUGGACUCGGUCUGACCCUUACGUUUCCCUCCCCUUAUGGUUUUGAUUUAUCAGCUAUUUUAAAAUGAGGCUGCAUUUUAAAUUGCAUUUUAACCUGUAUUUUAAAUUGGUUUGUUUUCCUCCCUCUCUUUUCCCCCUAUUAUGUUUUUACUGUGAUUUUAUUUUAUUGGUGUUAGCCGCCCUGAGCACGGCUCUGGCCGGGGAGGGCAGGGUAUAAAUAAAAUUAUUUAUUAUUAUUAUUAUUAUUAUUAUUAUUAUUAUUAGGGUCAGGAGCAGCCUCUCCUCUGCUGCAACCUGGUGCCUGCCAGAUGUUGGGGGGUUUUUUGGCGGGGGGAAGCCAGUUGGACUUGAAGCAUGGAAUCAUAAAAUCAUAGAAUUGGAAGGGACCCAGAGGUCAUCUAGUCCAACCCCGCUGCGAUGCAGGAAUCUCAGUUAAAGCAUCCAUAACAGAUGGCCACCCAACCUCUGCUUUAAAACGUCCAAGGAAGGGGAGUCCAUUACCUCCUGAAGGAAUCUGUUCCACAUCCAGACGGGGAACCAGGAUGGGCCGGAGGAUGUUUAACAACUUGGGACCAGUUUACCUGCAAAGUCGCUUUGCCAAACGCAGCUGCUUUGAUUGGCAGAAUUGGCACUGCUACUAAUACGCCCAGGAACCUCACCAAAAUGCUGGAGAGGGUGCACCUCCAGAGGCACAUACCUCCACAUGUGGUGGGAGUGUCCCAAAAUCCAACUAUUCUGGACAACAGCCAUAUGAGAAAUAUGUAAAAUAACUAAGCAAGUAUCAGACAUCACCCCAGAAUUGGCCCUACUAAACAUCUUCCAAGACAACAAUGCCCAUUUACACCACAAAGAACUCAUAACCCACCUACAGUGGUACCUCGCAAGACGAAUGCCUCGCAAGACGGAAAACUCGCAAAACGAAAGGGUUUUUGGUUUUUUGAGUUGCUUCGCAAGACGAUUUUCCCUAUGGGCUUGCUUCACAAGACGGAAACGUCUUGCAAGUUUGUUUCCUUUUUCUUAAAACCGUUAAUACAGUUGCGACUUGACUUCGAGGAGCAACUCAUAGCACGCGGUGUGGUAGCCUUUUUUGAGGUUUUUGAAGACUUUGGUGAUUUUUGAAGCUUUUCCAAAACUUUUCCGACACCGUGCUUCGCAAGACGAAAAAGACCGCAAGACGAAAAAACUUGCGGAACGAAUUAAUUUCGUCUUGCGAGGCACCACUGUACUUUCAGCAGCCAGAAACACCAUAACCAGACACUGGAGAGACCAGUCAGGAGUAAGCAUGGACCAAUGGUACCAAAUAGUAUGGGAAACAGCCCUGCUAGAAAAAUUAACCAAUAAACUGAAACUGACACGGGGACAAAUAGAAGAAGACGCCUUCACCCCGGUAUGGCUCCCCUUUAUCACACACACAGCCCAACAAGACAAUGACAAGAAUCCACCAACAGCAUACAAAUCAAUAUGGCUAACCUGAUCCGAAACACCCACCCACCUCACUCACACAUGAAAACAACGACCACCGCAGCCAAUCACAAACAAACAACCACACCCUAGGCCAAGCCCAACCUCUCUCACCACCAAAGGAACACAAAUGAACAGCAGACAACCUGCAGGAGCAACGCUGACAUCAAACCCUACAUACAUUAAGCAAAAUAGAAACAUCGCACCCGACCCCCCCCAUCUCCCCCCCCCCCAAAUGUCUCAACAAAUGAAAUUGAUUUGUAAAAAUGUUACACGGAAAAAAUACGAGAGACAUUACACAUACUUCUGUAAAACAAGAAAAUCUUUAAUAAAAAAAGAAAGAAAGAAAUGACUAUAUAUAAAAAAAGAAUUGGCGCUGCUAUGGGAUCUUGUGAUUCCCGCUUUCCGCAUUUUUAAGAACCCGAUCGCUUAGUGUGGCAGCGAGCAAGAGAUCAAGCCCGCUAAAAACAUGCUAAAAACAUGAAGGAACUUUUCACCACAUGUGGUGGACCUGCACCAAGGGGAAAGACUUCUGGGGAAAGAUUUAGAAUGAAUUGAAAAAAAUGUCGAAUUAUACAUUUAGAAAGAAACCAGAGGCCUUUCUUCUUGGAAUAACAGGUCUGGAAUUGCCCGAGAAAGAUGUUCAAUGAUUUUUGUAUGCCACAACUGCUGCUCGAAUUUUACUAGCUAAGAAGUGGAAAACGCAAGAACUACCAACUGUAGAAGAAUGGUAGAUGAAGAUGAUGGAUUUUUCGGAGCUAGGCAACCUGACCGGAAGAGUCCGCGACCAGAAAGAGGAGGAAUAUCAGGAAGAAUGGACGAGAUUUAAUGACUAUUUAGUUAAAUACGUUAAGUUAAACUAACUGGAAAUAGCUUGCAAGUACUAGAUCGGCUUAGGAUUUCAUAUAAGUUAAGUGUUGAAUUAAUAUGUUUAAUCCUGAAUUGAAAAGUUAGAACGAUGAUAAGUGAUUAAGUUAAGUUUAUAAGAACUUUGAUUUGGAAAACCGUUAAAAGGAUAUGCAAUGAAAUCCAACCAAGGGGAAGCGAGGAAGUCACUUAACAAUGUUAAGAAGUGUAUUUUUUAUAAGGUUAUGAUUUUUGUUUGUUUGUUUAUUUGUUUGUUUGUUUAUAAUUUUGUGAAAACCAUUAAAUAAUUUUUGAAAAAAUAAAAUAAAAACAUGUUAUGUUCUGUUGGAAGUUGCCCAGAGUGGAUGGGCAUUGCAGCCAGAUGGGUGGGGUAAAAGUAAUAAAUUAUUAUUGUUGUUGUUGUUGUUAUGUACUGAAGUUCUCACCCUGGGCCAGCAGGGGGAUACUGUAGAUAGUUUUCACUCAGGUCUGCAUAUGCAAAUAAGGAAUCGAAAGUGACGUUCAGUGAUUGGAUAGUUACAGAAAGUUGUUACUGUUGCUUUGUAGUGGAGCUCUAUAUAAGCAGGCUGGCUGAACCCUUUAGUUCAGUUCUGUUCUGGCCUGUGAAUAAACAAGAGCUGUCUGAAGAAUCGCUGUGUCGUCUGAUAUGUUCACCCACAACUUAACAAUUAUUAUUAUUAUUAUUAUUAUUAUUAUUAUUAUUAUUAAAGACAAGCCUACUCAGAUGAUUAGAAAGUUGAGGGAAUUUGAAUCUGUUUCUUUUUUUUUAAGUAGGGAUCUGAGGCAUCAAAAGGUGUGUGUGUGUGUGUGUGUGUGUGUGUGUGGUUUCCCCCGGAAAUCAGAGUUACCAGAGUGGCCGGGGCAACCCAGGCGGAAUAUAAAUAAUACAAAUAUUAUAAGAUGAUUAUUUUUAUUUUAUUUUUAAAUAAUUUUUAUUAACCGGCCAAUCAAAUCAAAUCACAUCACAUAAAUUCCGAAUUACAAAGCCGAAUUUAAAAUUUUGUUGAGGAGACCCAUAUUUCAAGAUCCAAAGCGGGAGGGGAGAUGAUUAUUAUUAUCAAAAGAAAUAUGUGUGUGUUGUGUCUGUGCACACACCUCUUUUCUCCCAAACCAGCCUCGAUCCGGAUUGAGAAAAAGCAACGACCCGGCUGUGUUUUAAGACGUACGCAGCCUAAAUUUACCGUAUUUUCCGCUCUAUAGGACGCACCGGACCACAGGACGCACCUUGUUUUAGAACAAGAAAAAAUAUUCUCCCCCUCUCUGCUCAGCGCCCCUUCAGCGAAGCGGCAGGAGAAACGGAGCCCCUUCCAUUUCUCCUCCCGCUUGGCUGAAGGGGUGCUGCGCAGCUCUCCCUCUCUGCUGAAGCCGGGAGAGUCUUGCUCUCACGGCUUCAGCGAAAGGAACCCCAAGCCUGCGGAGCGCAUUGGGAACCCACGCUGCGCUCCGAAGGCUUCAGGCGGCUAUCCCUGAAGCCUGGAGAGCAAGAGGGGUCAGUGCGCGCCGACCCCUCUCGCUCUCCAGGCUUCAGCGAAAGCAACGCAAAGCCUCCGGAGCGUGGAGGGAGCGCUCCCUCUGCGCUCCGGAGGCUUCGCGUUGCUAUUGCUGAGGCCAAGGAGCCUGCACUCGCUCCAUAAGACGCACACACAUUUCCCCUUAAUUGUUGGAGGGGGGAAAGUGCGUCCUAUAGAGCGAAAAAUACGGUCUGUCGGCUGCAUGUGGAUUGGCUUGCACUAAAUUGCGCCUUUCCCCCUAGACCCUCGUCCUCAUAGAAUCAUAGAGUUGGAAGAGACCACAAGGGCCAUCGAGUCCAACCCCCUGCCAAGCAGGAAACACCAUCAGAGCACUCCUGACAUAUGGUUGUCAAGCCUCUGCUUAAAGACCUCCAAAGAAGGAGACUCCACCACACUCCUUGGCAGCAAAUUCCACUGUCGAACAGCUCUUACUGUCAGGAAGUUCUUCCUAAUGUUUAGGUGGAAUCUUCUUUCUUGUAGUUUGGAUCCAUUGCUCCAUGUCCGCUUCUCUGGAGCAGCAGAAAACAACCUUUCUCCCUCCUCUAUGUGACAUCCUUUUAUAUAUUUGAACAUGGCUAUCAUAUCACCCCUUAACCUCCUCUUCUCCAGGCUAAACAUGCCCAGCUCCCUUAGCCGUUCCUCAUAAGGCAUCGUUUCCAGGCCUUUGACCAUUUUGGUUGCCCUCCUCUGGACAGGUUCCAGUUUGUCAGUGUCCUUCUUGAACUGUGGUGCCCAGAACUGGACACAGUACUCCAGGUGAGGUCUGACCAGAGCAGAAUACAGUGGCACUAUUACUUCCCUUGAUCUAGAUGCUAUACUCCUAUUGAUGCAGCCCAGAAUUGCAUUGGCUUUUUUAGCUGCCGCGUCACACUGUUGGCUCAUGUCAAGUUUGUGGUCAACCAAGACUCCUAGAUCCUUUUCACAUGUACUGUCCUCUUCUUCCUCCUCCUGACACGGCUUUUUCCUUUCUUCUCUUCCCCUCGGCAGGAUUCAUGAGCACCGGCGACCAGUCCGCCAAGGGAAACUACGGGAUCCUAGACCAGAUCCAGGCACUGCGGUGGCUGAAUGAGAACAUCGGGCAUUUUGGGGGCGACCCGGAACGGAUCACCAUCUUCGGUUCGGGAGCCGGGGCCUCGUGCGUCAACCUCCUCAUCUUAUCCCACCACUCGGAAGGUAGCGCUCGGCUCGUUCGGCGUUAUGGGGGCGGGUUCUCAGGGUUUCGGGGGGUUGGGAAAACGAUCCCGCACACAAGAAACUGGCAUAAAGCAAAGCAGAGCGAGCUAAGGCAGCACAGUUUUGCACCCGAUCCAAACCACAUUCGGCCACAGUGGCUGCCGUUUUGCCUAAACCUGGCAGAGGGGAAAUAAUAAUAAUAAUAAUAAUAAUAAUAAUAAUUUAUACCCUGCCCAUCUGGCUGGGUUUCCCCAGCCACUCUGGGCGGCUUCCAACACAAUAUUAAAAUGCAGUAAUGCAUCAAACGUUAAAAGCUUCCCUAAACAGGGCUGCCUUCAAAUAAACCUUUGAAAUAGUUAUUUACCCGUGUGGCCAAACUGAACAGGCCUAGGAUCCGGCCUAAGUACCCGUGAUCUGGUCCCGCCCCACAGAACACGCCCUUUUGGGGGGGACUUAGGCCCCAGUCUCCGUUCAGCCAGCUUUGGCUGAGCUGGGCAUGAGCCAGGGCCUUAUCGGUGGUGGCUCCUCCCAGACUUUGGGACUCCCUCCUUCGAGAAGCCAGACAGGCUCCCUCCUGGUUGCCCUUCUGCCAGCGGGCAAAGACUGUUUCAUUCCCACAGCCCUUUGGGGACUGACUAUUAUUAUUAUUAUUAUUAUUAUUAUUUUAUUUUACAUUUCAAAAUAAACAUUUUACAAACUUUAAAAUAUCAACUGCCUUCCCUUCUUCUCCUUCCAUGGUUCAUUUUACAUAUCAUACAUUCCUGCAUAUUUCACUAUAACCAUUCAAAUCAAUUUUCCACUUUUACAGCCGUCAAAAAUUACCGUAUUUUUCCGUGCGUAAGACGCCCCCUAUUUUGGGAGACUCCAAAUUAAGAAAACAUCCCUCAGCACUAUCUGUGUAUAAGACAGGCCCCAAUUUUAACCCUAAUUUUUUGGUUUAAAAAAUCCUAGUCUGAUACACGGGAAAAUACGGUAUUUACUCUCUUGAAUUUAUCUUAGUGCUGCCAGCAUUUUCAGCUGUAUACAGUUAUUUUCCAUAUAUUCAAUAAAUGUUUCCCACCCCUCUUUAAAUAUAUGUUCUUCUUGCUCUCUUAUUCUAUGUGUCAAAUCUGCAAGUUCUGCAUUUUGCUCCCUGUCCAUUUUGGGGCUAACGAAGCACAGACUGCAGUUGUUGCAUACAUAAAUAAGCUUUUCUGACACCUAGGAAUUUCUGUCUGGGUUAUUCCCAACAAAAAGGACUCUUUUAAACAUUUUUUUCAAUUCAUUAUAAAUUAUUUCCCAAUAUGCUUUUACCCUUUUACAGUUCCACCAUAUAUGAAAGAAUGUUCCAUCCACAUCUUUGCAUCUCCAGCACUUAUCUGAUUCUGUUUUAUAAAUCUUAGCCACCCUACUCGGAGUUAGGUACCAUCCAUGAAUCAUUUUCAAAUCAUUCUCUUUCAAUAAAUGUUGUUGUUUAGUCGUUGAGUCGUGUCCGCCUCUUCGUGACCCCCUGGACCAGAGCACGCCAGGCCCUCCUGUCUUCCACUGCCUCCCGCAGUUUGGUCAAACUCAAGCUGGUAGCUUCAAGAACACUGUCCCACCAUCUCGCCCUCCGUCGUCCCCUUCUCCUUGUGCCCUCCAUCUUUCCCAACAUCAGGGUCUUUUCCAGGGAGUCUUCUCCUCUCAUGAGGUGGCCAAAGUCUUGGAGCCUCAGCUUCAGGAUCUGUCCUUCCAGUCAGCACUCAGGGCUGAUUUCCUUCAGAAUGGAGAGGUUUGAUCUUCUUGCAGUCCAUGGGACUCUCAAGAGUCUCCUCCAGCACCAGAAUUCAAAAGCAUCCAUUCUUCGGCGAUCAGCCUUCUUUAUGGUCUAGCUCUCACUCCCAUACAUCACUACUGGGAAAACCAUGGCUUUAACUAUACGGACCUUUGUUGGCAAGGUGAUGUCUCUGUUUUUUAAGAUACUGUCUAGGUUUGCCAUCGCCUUUCUCCCAAGGAGCAGGCGUCUUUUAAUUUCGUUGCAGUAAAUUUCAGGUUGCUUUUCCAAAGCUUCUCCCAGAGGUUAAGAUCUACAUUGUGUCCUAUAUCUAUUGCCCAGUGUCUCAUUGAAACUUUAACUAGCUCGUCUUUUGUUUCCCAUUCUAAUAAAAAAAUAAUACAUUUUAGGCAGAAGUUUAUCCUUAUUUUGUAAGAAUUCCUUUUCAAAUUGUGAGCUUUGGUCCAGAAAUCCAUUCUUCCCAUCUAAUUUAAACAUUUCAUAUAUCUGGUGAUAUUGCAACCAAUCCGUAACUUGACUCCUUAAGUUUUCCAUUGAUUUCAGUUUGGGUCCCCUGCCCCCCAGUCAGUGGUGUAGCGUGCGGGGUGCAGGGGGGGCCGGCCGCACCGGGCGCAACAUCUGGGGGGGCGCGCUCGCACUCGAGUGCUAAAAUCCACGGGUUAGGGGGCGCAAAUUACUUGCCUUGCCCCAGGUGCUGACAACCCACGCUACGCCACUGCCCCCAGUUCCCUGUAAGUCACCCAUCGUCUGUCCAUAUUAACUCUCUUAAUUGCAAUUGCUUCAGUGGGAGAGAACCGUAAAUGUGUUUUUCUUUCCAGCAGUUUUUUUCUAUUUCUCCCAGACUCUAUAUAGAUACUUCCUAAGAUUGUGGUUCAAAAAACUCUCAUAGAUUUUAGCCUUCCCAUGCCAAAGACAUGCAUGACAGCUGAAUUUUAAAUCGUGGCCUUCUAAAUCUAAAAUGUCUGCAUUGUCCGAUACAAUCCAUUCUUUUAACCAACACAAACAAGCUGCCUCAUAAUACAAUUGCGCAUCUGGCACUUAUCUGAAAGAAUAUUAUUUAUUAAUAUAUUUGCAGAUUGAUCAGUAGAGAUUGUUUUAAUUCCUGCCACGAAAGAAUUACCUAUUUCUCUAAAACCUUGAUCAUAAAUGACCAUGAAAUAUUAUCAAAAGCUUUCUCCACAUCUAGAAAGAUUAGCGCGGCCUAUUUUUCAUUUAUUACUUCCGGAUACUCUAUUAAAUUAAUUACAUUUCUGUAAUGGUUCUAGGGGUUGCUCGUGCGUAAGCAGGUGCCUAUCUCCCCGGCUGGGUGCAAACACCUGGCUGGGUUGCCAAAGUGAACCUUUUCUGUCCGGACAGCCACUCACCCGUGGCUGACUCAAUCGCUGGCAGAACCCGUCAGUGGGCGUUUCUUAAACUUCUUCCAGCAAAGAAGUUCUUUGACGCCUAGUCUCCGCCUACCCUCUCUGCGCGGAAGCCUUCUGUGCAGGGAGGGCGUGGGCAAUGGAGGACCCCUACUCUCCCCGCUGGUCCCAGGCAAGGAGUCAUGAGACCGCCUCGCCACUUCCCCCAGCUGCCCCCCUUCUCCACUGGUGCUACGCUGAUUCUCUUCCCCAGAAGGUGGGCUGCUCCUCCUGAUCCCUGGACGCUCUCUGGAAUCCCUCUGGCUUUCGCUCUCCCCCUCCAGUACUGAUGGCAGUUCCCUGACAAUUUCUUAUAUUGUCUUUCUUUUGUCGGCCUGGUAUAAAACCCAGCCUGUUCUCUGUGGACUGCCUCAGUUAAUGUCCUUUUCAAUCUAUUAGCCAAGAUUGUAGCAAAUAGUUUGCACUCAGCAAUGAAACAGGUCUGUAAUUUUUGGUCUUUGUUAAGUCGCUGUCUUAUUUGGGGAUCAAAGUAAUGAAUGCAUCGUUCCAUGAGGCUGGGACUACCCCCAUCACCAAAAUUCUGCUCAUGCUGUCCUUAAGUGGUUUUAUAAGUGGAUCCUGAAACUUUUUAUAAUAAAUUGCAAUAAGUCCACCUGGCCCUGGUGCUUUUCCCAUCUUCAUUCGAUUUAUUGCCAUUUGCAGUUCCGAUAAAGACAUGGGUGUAUUCAGAAUUUGCUGGUUUUCCUUAGAUACUCCAGGGUAUGCAACAGUCACUUAAAUAAGAAUCCAUUUUUUUAAAGUUCUCCUUCUCACAACGGUAUAAUAAAUAAUUUUUUUUCUUUUUCAAACGCUUUCCUUAUCUCUUUUGGGCUAGUCAAAUGCUUAUCCUCGUCAACAAUAUUAUUGAUUGUCUUUCUUUUUUGAGUUGCCAUGCUAAUCAUUUACCAGGUUUAUUAGCAUAUUCAAAAAUUUUCUGUUUCAUUCAUUUAAUUUUAAUCUCAAUCUCUUGAUUAACUAACACCGAAAAUUGUGCUUGCUUCUCUAUAUUCAGUCGAGCAUCUAAUAUCUCUUGUUUCUUUUUCCCCUUUCUCUUUUCUGAAAAUAUGUUUUGUUGAAUUAGGAAGCCUCUCAUCACUGCCUUACUAGCAUCCCACACUACACUUAAAUCAGGUCAAAAAAUUAUUGUAGAGAGUGUUGCCCCUUACUCACAGUUGGUUCAUUUUGCAACACCACAUCGUUUAACCUCCACCUAAACGAAGACCAUUUCUCACCUGUUAUUGUCAUCAAGAUGGCAUUGUGAUCAGAUAGUGUCUUAGGUUGAAUUUCUACCCUUUUUACCCUGGUUGUUAAUUCUUUCAAAGCCUAUAAAUAGUCUAUUCUGCUUGAAGAAUUGUUUGCGUUUGAUAAAAAAGCAGAUUGAUGUUCUAAUGGAUGCUUAAGUCACCAUAGGCCAAUUACCGUAUUUUUCCAUGUAUAACACGCCCCCACGUAUAAGACUCAAAAUUGGGGGGACUAAAAAUUAAGAAAAUGGGAGGAGAUUGCCAAGAGUUGUUGAGCUUUGGGGGGGAUUGCUCACCCGACGCUGACAAUUGCAUGCGUCGCAGAAGACACCAAUCGACUGCCCGAUCACCGCCGGCAGCUGCUAAUCAACCACCCAGUUGACGCAACGGCAGCCAAUCGCCAACAGCCCUUCACACGCCACCAAUCACCCGCCCUAUCACCACUGAGAAUGUCGUGCUCGCGGCUGCAACCAAUCGCCUGUCGCCCCUCAGCACUACCCAUGUAUAACACAAGCCCAAAUUUUAAGCAUAGUUUUAAAAUAAAAAAAACCCUUGUGUUAUACACAGAAAAAUACGGUAAGUCAAAAUUGGACACCAUAUUUUUAAAAAAAGGCAUUUGGAAGUUUCCCUUCUUUUGAAUCCAUUUUCAGUACAGUUCUAUCUAAGUCAAGGGAAACAACAGCGUUAAAAUCACCCAUCAUUAUUAUUUUAGCAUCACACAGAUCAAACAAUUUUUCUUCCAGAUUUUUAAAAAUCAGUUUUCCAUUCAUUGGGGGCUUAAAUUCCCACUACAGUAAUUGGUCCUCCACCUAGUCUCACUUCAAUAGCCAUCAUUCUGCCUUCUUCAUCUUUAAAGGUGAAUUUAGGAUCUCGUUUGGGGUUAACAUACAUCAUCACUCCUCUCUUUUUAGUUUUAUCAGAAUAGAUAAACUCUUGUCCCAGACCUUUAUUUAUUAGUAAUUUUCUGUGUUGUCUUUUUAUAUGUGUCUCCUGUAAGCGAAUGAUGUCUAAUUUCUGCUUUGUCAAGAUGUGCACUAUUUUAUUCCUUUUCGUUUUGUUAUUUAUUCCAUUUCCAUUCCAUGAAAGGAUUCGAAGAUCCGUCUUAAAUCAGGGGUGUCCAAGCUUUUUUCAAAGAGGGCCAGGUUUGAUGAAGUGAACAUGUGCGAGGGCUGACUAGAGGGCCAACCAUAGUUGAGCUUUUUUCAGAUUUUACCCUGAUAAGUAAACAGGGCCGGAUUAAACCGACCGGUGGGCCGGAUUAGGCCCCGAAACAGACUUUGGACAUGCCUGAUCUUAAAUUAUAUCAUGUGUGUGUGUGUGUGUGUGUGUGUAUGUGUGUGUAAUACACACACACACACACACACACACACAGCCAAACCUUGGUUUUUUAUUGUCUCUGAUGCUGAACAUUUCUGCUCCUGAACGUCGAAAACCCGGAAGUAAGUGUUCCAGUUUUCGAAUGUUUUUCAGAAGCCAAACAAGCGGCUUCCGAUUGGCUCUUCCGAUUCCAAGAGCCAAUCAGAAGCCGUGCCUUGGAAAUAAAAUGUUUCAGAAGUCUAACGCCCUUUUGGAACGGAUUACAUUUGACUUUCAAGGUACCACCAUGUGUGUCUAUAUCUCACAAUUCCAGUUUUCCUUCUACCCCCUUCCCUCUUUACUUUUUGUCCUCUUCUUCCUUCUCUUCCUCUUCAGUCAGCAGGAAGGAAGGACAAAGCAAAAUAAUCCCAAUUAGAUUAUGCAGGAAUCCACCAGUUUUUUUAAAAAUAUAUAGAAAUUCACAAUCCAUAAAGCGUAUCCUGCUCAGUCAGCCAAAAUCCAAGCAGGAAAUUAUAUUUAUAUAUUUGAGUGUGCUCUCCACUCCAUAAAAGAAAAACAAACAAACUCAGAAGCAAGGGGGGGGGGAAAUAAAAUAUGCAGGGGAGGGGAGGACAAUCAAUCAAUAAACUGAUUUAAGUGUAGUGUGGGAUGCCAGUAAGGCAGUGAUGAGAGGCUUCCUAAUUCAACAAAAUGCUCCUCAAAAAAGAGAAAGAGGCAUGUUUGUCCAUUUCUCCAUUGACUUUGCAGCGCACACUUUGCGCCUCGGUUGUCAAACGUCUCAGAAGUCGAACAGUCUUCCGGAACGGAUUACGUUCGACAACCGAGGUUCCACUGUAAUAAUAAGAAUAAUACUACGUCCCAAUGGCUUCUCCAGCCAUUCCCUUCUCCUCUUGACCGCUGACUGUCCUUUUCCUUCCAGGUCUGUUCCAGAAAGCCAUCGCGCAGAGCGGCACAGCCAUCUCCAGCUGGUCGGUCAACUACCAGCCCCUCAAGUACACCCGCAUGCUGGCCUCCAAAGUGGGCUGCGACCACAUGGACACGAGCGACACGGUGGAGUGCCUGAGGCGCAAGGCCUACCGGGAGCUGGUAGACCAGGACAUCCAGCCGGCCCGCUACCACAUCGCUUUUGGUCCCGUGGUGGACGGGGACGUGGUCCCGGACGACCCAGAGAUCCUGAUGCAGCAGGGCGAGUUCCUCAACUACGACAUCCUCAUCGGGGUCAACCAGGGCGAGGGCCUCAAAUUCGUGGAGGACUCCAUGGAGAGCGAGGACGGCAUCUCGGCCAGCUACUUCGACUUCACCAUCUCCAACUUCGUGGACAACCUCUACGGCUAUCCGGAGGGCAAGGACAUCCUUCGCGAGACCAUCAAGUUCAUGUACACGGACUGGGCGGACCGGGACAACGGCGAGAUGCGCCGCAAGACCCUCCUGGCCCUCUUCACCGACCACCAGUGGGUGGCGCCCGCCGUGGCCACCGCCAAGCUUCACGCCGAAUACCAGUCGCCCGUCUACUUCUACACCUUCUACCACCACUGCCAGACGGACACUCGCCCCGAGUGGGCGGACGCGGCCCACGGGGACGAGAUCCCCUACGUCUUCGGGGUGCCCAUGAUCGGCGCCACCGACCUCUUCCCCUGCAACUUCUCCAAGAACGACGUCAUGCUCAGCGCUGUCGUCAUGACCUACUGGACCAACUUCGCCAAGACGGGGUGAGACGAUUGUGCGAAUGGAUUGAUGCACUAGGAGGAGAUAGGUUGCUUAGCUCUUUUUCUUCCUUGGGGAUAUCAGCAGAGUACCGCCCUUUGCAGCUUUAAAACUUGGAAGCUGAUUUAACUUCUAGAAACAAUAAUCCAAGAUGCUUUAAGGCAGACUGGAUUCCCCCCUGCUAUUAUUCCUUUUCUCCCACUUAGAAAUAACCAUCUCUCACACACCUUGUUUUGUGAAGAUGUAAAAGUAGCAUUUACUUACAUAAUGCAGAUCUCUGAGCAGCUAGGCAAAAUGUUGUCUGAAGCACAUAUUGUGACAUUGGUUUCAUAAUUUUUAACCUGGCAAUAUAUUGCGAAUCAGGACAUGUGUGUUAUGCAAAAAUCACAAUGUUGGGGAAACUGCAAAGCCACCCAAUGCUUCUCUCAAUUCCUGCAGCCCCUCUUGACUCUGGCAGCUUAGCUGUCCCCUGACUCCUGCAGGGGGCAGCGAAUCGCAAGAGCAGCCAUCAGCAAAAAUCACAGUGAACUUUGUUUUUAUUGUGAGAUAAAGUGAAGGCAUAGAGCAGGGGUCAGCAAACUUUUUCAGCAGGGGGCCAGUCCACUGUCCCUCAGACCUUGUGGGGGGCCGGACCUUGUUUUGGGGGGGGAAUGAACGAAUUCCUUCGCCCCACAAAUAACCCAGAGGUGCAUUUUAAAUAAAAAGACACAUUCUACUCAUGUAAAAGCACGCUGAUUCCUAGACCGUCUGCGGGCCGGAUUUAGAAGGCAAUUGGGCCAGAUCCAGCCCCCUGGUCUUAGUUUGCCUAACCAUGGUAUAAAGUAACGAUGAUAAGCAACAUAAAUUGAAAUUUUGAGGGAACCAAGGAGGGAGGGAGUGAAAGUUGUAGGUGGAAUGAUCAAUUGCUAAAGUUGAAAUGUUGUUGCCUUGUUUGUUUGUUAAAAUUUAUAAAUGAAAUAAUUUUGAAAAGCAUUUUAAUUAACGCAAAUGAUGACGGUGAUGAUGAUCUCCGUCUCCUCUCCCCUUUUCCGCAGGGACCCCAACCAGCCGGUGCCGCAGGACACCAAGUUCAUCCACACGAAGCCCAACCGCUUUGAGGAGGUGGUGUGGACCAAGUUCAACACGAAGGACAAGCAGUACCUCCACAUUGGCCUGAAGCCCCGGGUGCGAGACAACUACCGCGCCAACAAGGUGGCCUUCUGGCUGGAGCUGGUCCCGCACCUUCACAACCUCCACGAGCCACCCUACACCUCCACCACCACCCGCAUCCCGCCUUACGUCACCCGCUGGCCCACCACCCGCGUGGGGCCCAGCACCACGCGCCGGCCCAUCCCCACCCUGCCGCCGGACGAGGACGACGUGGUCCGCCCCCAGCGCUAUGUCCCCUUCCCGGGCGACUCGCGAGACUACUCCACCGAGCUGAGCGUCACGGUGGCUGUGGGGGCCUCCCUCCUCUUCCUCAACAUCCUGGCCUUCGCCGCCCUGUACUACAAGCGGGACAAGCGUCACGAACUGCGCAGCGGGCGCCGGCUCAGCCCCCAGCGCAACGCGGCCAACGACCUGGUACAUGGCGGCCAGGAGGAGGAGAUUAUGUCGCUGCAGAUCAAGCACUCGGAGCACGACGCCCACGACUUGGAGCCGCUGCGGCCCCACGAGAUCCUGCGCCCCGCCUGCCCCCCCGACUACACCCUGGCGCUGCGGCGCGCCCCCGACGAUGUGCCCCUGAUGACCCCCAACACCAUCACCAUGAUCCCCAGCACUAUCACGGGCAUGCAGGCCCUUCACCCUUUCAACACCUUCCCCACCGGACACAACAACACCUUGCCCCACCCUCACUCUACCACCCGCGUAUAG